AUCAGUCCGCCAUUUUGAAGAGUUUGUAAAUCGGCGUCGUUUCUUUCCGCAGGGUUUUAAAGCUUUACGGAGACGUAAAGCCCUUAUUUUGGUCGUAUUUUGACCUAAAAACUGAGCUAAAUGAAAAAUUUGUUAAAUCUGGGCUACACAUCGACUACAAUUUUUGGAAAAUUCGAGUUAGUUACAAAGCUUGACGGACGACGAGAGCUUAUCAUCGGAGCCCUACCGCCUUCACUAUUUGCUGAGAGAUGCGUUGUUACAGGUCUGAGCGAAUCAUCAAUGCCAUCUAACUUACAAUAAUUGAGACAAAAAGUACAUUCAAAUACGCGGCUUUUUUACCAUGAACAAAUGGGAACAAUCCACUGAGACACAAAACAGAUCUGAUGAAGUCUUGAGGUUGCAGACAGAAAUUACAAGACUGCAAUUGGACAACAAGGCCCUACAGGUUCGAGCCCAAGGAGUGCAAGUUUUAGGUAAAGUUCUUCAAGAUUCACAGGAAAGUAAUGCUAAACUUAAACAGGAAAUUGAACAAUGGAAAGCGCAAUUGAUGCAGAAUGGUGUUACAUCAACUCUCUUGGCAGAUCUUUCAGUUUGUACUUCUGUAAAUGAUGAUGGUCAAAGCACAGUCCAUGAACAAGAUGAAACAUAUCACUCAUCUAUACCUAGUCAAAGCAGCAGAGCUGGAGGUAUUGUCAAUGUCACAACAAUCUCUGGUCCUCAGUCCUUCUCGGCAGGAUAUCCCUCUUUGUUACCUGGAGAAUUUCACAUUAAGGAGAUACAAGCAGAAUAUCAACACAUCAUGACUGAACUUGAUCAGCUACAAAGAGAAGCACAGAAGCUGCGGGAAAGUGUUCAACAGCUACCUGGAGAUGACAGAGAUUCAGAGUUACAAGGGAAGCUCACAAGGCUGUUUUCUAAGCUUAAUGAAUACAGUAAAGAGGCCCGCACAAGGGAGACCCUAUCAAGUGCUUUAGCUUCAGAGGAGGAAAAGUUAAGAACAAAGCUUGUUGAAAUGGAGGCUGAGCAGGCCUCACAUGAGAAUGUGGUACAUCAACUGAGAGAUAAAUUGGGAAAAAGCAAGGAAGAAAUGGAACAGCUACUGGAUGAAGUAAAGUUCUGUGAAGAAGCUGUCUUUGUGGAAAGGGAGCAAUUGGAAAUUAAAGCAAGCAGUGGACCUCUGUCAGGUGGCUCAAGGAAAAGCGAAGGAAAAUCUCUAUCAGAUGAGCAACAGGAAAUCAUUGCAAAGACACCAAUGAUGCAGACUGGGGUGGAGACAUGUGAGAGUUGUGGCCAGUUACAGCGACAAGUGAAUGAGCUACAGAAGCAAGUAUUGUUGGCAAAAGCUGAGAAGGAUGAAGCACUCAAACUUAAAGAAGAGGUUCUGGAUGUGAAUUACAAGUGGGAUGAACAAUACAAACUGCUUGUUGCAGCUUCCACUAAAGACAUCAAGGAGCUGAAGAACCAGAUUGAGAUGAUGAAAUCAAGCAAAGGAUAUGGGCAAUUAACAGAGGUUGAACCUAUGGAGAGAAAAGCAUUGGAUGACCGUAUCAAAUACUUGGAAAGUGAGUCACAACAGAAGCAACUUGAAAUAAAUCGCUUGCAGCUGUUGAUGAGAAACCAGCCCACACGACUGGCACAAACACCUCACCUCUCAUCCUUGGAGCAGCCACUGUCCCAUCUCUCCCAGCUGGGUGCAGCUGCAGCACGUUCAGGCCCACCAUCUGAAGGUUUACCUUCCUGGCCUGGUACUGCUGCCUUUGGACAUCAAAUCCCUGCAGAGGUUGUUGAUCAAAUUGAAGUGCUGAAACAACAACUCAGAGUUUAUGCUGAUGAUUUUGCUACUGAAAGAGAAGACCGUGAGAGGAAUCAGACAGAAAAAGAGAAGCUCAAAGAAGAAUUGGAUGCCAUGAAAGAGCAAGUACAUGCUCUCGAGCAGCAGCUUCAGGUAUACGAAGAAGACUUCAAACGAGAGAAAAGAGAGAAGGAGAGCCUUCAGCAACAAUUAAGAGCCAAACAAACUGCGGUUGGUUACCCAUACAAUGAUCCGUUGGCCCAGAAGGCUAGGGCUGUGGCUGAACAAAAGGCCAGGGUCCAGGCCAUCAAAGAGGUACACGACCGAGAGAGGGACAGACUGAUGAGAGGACAACACGAUUUACAGCAACAUGUCUAUGGACAGCCAUACACUCCUGCCCAAUCACAGUACAUUGCUUAUGGAAGAUCUGGACUGGACUACACAAAUCAAGAAUGGAAGCGGCCCCCUAUGAUUCCGAGGGGUGCAAUACCACCUACCCGUGGAUUAGUCACACAUCCAGUAGGUCAACAUUCAACCAGAACCUCCAUGUACCAUGGAGGAGAAGUUUACCCGGACACAGUUCAAGACGUCAUCGAUUCUCCUUCGGAUGGUAACGAUAUCGAAUCCGAUUCUGGUGUCAGCAGUAAGGAUGAGGUGGUUGGACUGGAAGAAUGUCCUCGCUGCUUGAGGAAGUUUGAUGGAGAGGAUAGUGACACUAUCCUUAAGCACAUCGAAAGGUGUAUUUCAUGAGAAAAAAGUGAUACCUUUCUUCAAUUUGUUCGUUAAUUUGUUUAUCUACUUCACGAAAAUCGACGACUACACCGGGACUUUUUUCAUCCGCCUUUUUACAGCCAGUGUUUUGUCUUAAAAGGGUUUACUAGUGAUUUGAUUACGGAAGGCUUGCUUUACAAAAUUAGUAAGAAAUAAUUACGUUUAUGAUCAAAAUUAUAAAGUUGCAUUUAUGUAGAUAUCCUUUUUGAGGCAGUGCAGCAGAAGGCAGUGUUGUGCUUGCCCAUUCAUUAAGCGUCACUGAUGAUGACUUGACAGACUAGCGGAGUGUGAUUAUUGCUUAUACACAGCAUGCGUGUUCAGUAUAUUUUUUUAGUCUUGAGACUUACAAUACAAACGAUUCGUCACCAUGGAUAAUGCUAUCGAAAAUUAUAGCGGCAUUACUUUCACACUACCAAAACAAGAAUAAGGUAACAUGAAUCACACUGACAAAAAUUAAAACACGAAUUCCACCAAUACUACCACCGAUAUUAUUACUGCUAUUUCAGAGUGCAAUUCUAUAAUGCCUCACUUUUGUUUUGUUUUUUUUCUUGCUGUUUUUGUUGACUUUAUUUAACAAUACUAAUCGUAUCAUAAUACUUUUACAGUUACUUUGCUAAUACUAAUCAAAUGUAAUGCGAGCUACGCGUACAGGUGUACAUUGCUAGAAGCAAUGUGAUAUUCCAGUAGCUGAGUUGCCAUACAUUGGUAAUAUCGACUGAGAGAGGUGCCGAGUAUUCGCAAUAACCAUCGUAAUUGUGAGUUAAAACAUUAAGGGCCGGUUAUUUACACGAGGUCUAAACCAAACCAAGUAGUGGGCCUUGGGGAUUCUCUUUAAGUGGGAUGUUUUGAUUUGAUUAAUGUUCUUCCACUGUUAGCUUUCGGCCCUCUUGAAACUGUUUAGGUAAAAGGUUUGGCUAAAUUGAAGAUAGUUUAGAACGCGGUUUCGUUAAACAGCGGCUAAACUUUGUUUAGAUAACCAGCCCUAACUGUUGUGUUACUUGUAAUGAGAAGAAACUAACGCAUAACAAAACUUGGUUGUUUAUUUUUGCAUGCCUUCCCGUCAUCUUUAGGCAAAUUUCUCCAGCAGAAUCCGAGUCACCUUGCAUCUUUUUCUUCCCAGGGUGUUUUCUGGUAAUUUUGUCAAAUUCGUUAUAAAAUUCAAGUGAACCACUCGGGUCAACAUGUGGUAUCGGGCACUUUGUAUUUAAGGCGUGCGUGACGGCAUAGGAAAAGUUGGUAGUCCGCACUUGUACUGACUCGUGCCCAGUAGAGCAAGUCCAGCCUAUUGCUCCAGACUACUCGCGUCAAUGUUAUUUGACUGAUUCGGUUGUUUGAAUCCGAUGAUGCCUUUUUCGUAGGCCUUUUUAGUCGAUACCACAGAAUUUGAUUUCAUCAGGAACUGGAAUAAGUUGGUGACCGUGGCGAUGCUCUCCUUUUUAGUGGUCUUUCACGAAAUACGACAUGAACUUUUAAUUAGUUUUUCAAUGGUCUUACAAAAAUUUGACGUUAUUGCCUUUGGUAUAAUCGCUUUUCUUUUUUUUUUUUUUUUUGUUUUGGUAUGCGGAUGCUUUCCCUUUCAUGUAUUUAUGCAAAGAGGGAAUUUCUUUUAAUUACACUAUCCCGUUUGUUUUGAUAAUUUUGUCUUUUAUUAUGAUAAAUUUGUUUGUUGUGGCGAUUAUUUUUUCUUCGUUUGGCGGUGGUUUUAAUUAGAGAGAGGACCAAAGCCAAGAAAAUUAAAAUAAGUGAUUAUCAGAUCAAUUUUUAUCUGUCUGUCGUCUUGCAGUUCAAACCAGAACUUAACGGGAACCUGUCUCUGAGUCCCAACAACAGGUGUAAAAAGCAAUUUGUAGUUCUUGCUACAUAAUAAGACAACAAGCGGAGAUUCUAAUAACACGUAACUAAUAAAAA